CCUGAGCAGGUGCUUCCUUCACAUCCUCUCUUGUCAUGGUUUGCUGAGCGGACGGAAACUGGAGACGGAUUCCUGGAUCAUCUAAGAGGCAAGAGCUAUAUCGCAUACAUUUACGGACAGUAUGCUCGUGAGAUCGCUCCGGAUCCCUCUUCGGAAGCUAGUUUCGACUUGGUGAAAGAGUGGCUCGGGAAGUGCGAUAUGAACCACAGUUGUUACCAAGGCGACCGGACACCACUGCCAACACGAGUAAUCGACGUCCACACAGACACGCCAUUCCUACAUAUCUCCGAUGGCCAAAAAGCACCGUACAUGACGUUGAGUCACUGUUGGGGAGGUGAACAGCCUCACGUCACAACUACCAGCACACUUCAAGAAAAUUGCCGGGGUAUACCGAUGGAAUCUUUUCCUGAGCUUUACCGUGAUGCAGUCGAAGUGACUCGGAGGCUAAACAUACAGUACCUUUGGAUAGAUAGUCUUUGCAUACUCCAAGACAGCAAAGAUGACUGGUUGGAAGAAGCAGCAAAGAUGGGCGACAUUUACCGCCACUCGUAUUUAACGCUGUAUGCGCUCAGUUCUCCGGACUGCCAUCACGGUAUGCUGCUUCCGCGCCACGGCACAUCAGCAGCAGCAGCGGCGGCGGCGGCGCACGGCAUCACCAACUCCAAUAACCAUGAGAUAACGAAGGAAAGUGUAUUCCAAACUGCACCGCUAUGCAAGAGGGCAUGGGCACUUCAAGAGCGUCUUUUAUCGCCAAGGCUGCUGUGCUACAGCGACGGUGAGAUGUUUUGGGAGUGUCUCACUCAAACAGCACGGGAAGGGAAUCGCCGGGUAGUCCUGCGCAAAGCCACUCCAUAUCGCUACGAAAGUUUUGAAUGCCCCCAAGUAAGGGACGCGCUCGUCAGGCCACUAGAUGACAACCCCUCGUUUCCAGUCUCACCGCCGUCAGACUGGCAAAUCAUUGUGUCGGAGUAUUCGCGCUGCCGCCUGACCUACCGGUCUGACAAAUUAGCCGCCUUAUCAGGUCUUGCAAACAUGUUCCAAAGGAAUACUGGCUAUACCUAUGUGGCGGGUAUGUGGAUAGAAAACUUGGGAUAUGAGCUCCUGUGGUAUUGCCCAAUUGAGCAAGACACCCUACAACAAGAUUCUGGGUCGGACAAUGAUAGUUUCUCAAAGCCUUCCUGGAGUUGGAUCUCUACGGAUUUCGCGGUUCGCUUCAAAGCGCUGGGUAAUAUGAGGGAUCCAUCCUUCCAGUUCAUCCACAUGGAAGGGAUCGAUCCAGCACCAAAAGAGAACAUUGAUCUAACUUACGUGCUUACGAUCAAAUGCGAGUGGUACUCAGUAUCUAUUCAAAUUCAGUCGGGCUCAAGGCUGUGUACGAUACUUGACAGCAAUGGCCGCGAGCGCUUAGCCAGUGGGAUUUUGGAUGCUUCCGACAAAACAUCUAGCGGUCCAAGAUCAGGCGCUGCAAUACUACUCAGAGAAAGGUUGGUAAGGGACAUGUUCUAUGAGGCUUUCGAUACGUCUAGGCACAUGACGUAUCUUCUCGUUAUCGUGCCUGCUCCGCGGACUGCUGGAGGGGAAUGUUGGAGAAGGAUUGGGCUCGCGUGGUCGGCUCAAGACAUAAAUCAUGUGCGAAACUCAUCGUUGAUUCGUCUUGUUUGAAUCAAGA